CCAAUUAUAAAGAUGUCUUGUUGAUGAUGUUAAUUAUAUUAUUAUAUAUUUAAUUAUCUUCGCUGCCACCAAAUGGAGGAGAUGUCAGGCAGAUGGCACUUAAUCUUUUUAUGCUUUCUUUAUUUACUUCAGAUGAUGAGGUUGCUUAACUUAGAAUAUGAUUGUGACAGAGACUUAGAUGGUUUAAAAGAACAAAACAAGUUUAUUUCGUGUACAGAGCUUAGUGGUUUCUAUAACUUCUUAAAGGCACUUAGAUUAACGGUUACAAUUAGAUAUGAGGUGUUACAACUUUCAAAAUACUUCUUUCUCCAAAACUAACUAGAAACUGAUCACUUAGAUCUACUGGGAUCACUUCCCUUACUUCACAGCCUCCACAACUAGCCCUAAACAAGUCACCCAACUUGCUUAGUCUGGCUCUACUAGAGGUCUGCUUUCCUGGUUUCCCUAUCUGAAACCAGUCUGUUCCCUGUGACUAGAAAUCACAGACUACCUAAAAUAAGUCACCUUAUUUCAGAAUUGACUCAAAUUCCCUCAUUUGAGCCACCCUCCACUUGAGAAUCAGUCCUCACUGUAAUUUCACCAUUACAGACUCUCACUGACUGACUGGGUUUUUAAAACGUUCCCUCCUUUUUCCUUCAAACUGCGGUUAGCUCCGCCCCCGUCGCUAUGGUAACCUGCCUUAGAAUGCUAAGAUGGCUACCUUCCCCUACAUAUUAUCAACUCCAAUACUCACCCAUUUUAAACAUAGCCAAACCUGACUGUUUAAACAAAAUCAAACAAACAUGUCAUCUAUAAAUCAAAAUAAAACACACUUCUUUACAGGGGACUUCUCAAUCAAGAUUUCUUAAUUCAAAGUCAAGAAAUGAGUCCUCUGGAAAAGAAUUAUGUCCUCUUGUCUCCAAAAAAGCACACAGGAACUCUUAGACAGCGGAAGAGAUGUUACCAUGCAGAUGCAACCUGCCCUAUCUGCCUCCAGACUUCUACCUUCCCAGUAGAAACCAAUUGUGGGCAUUUAUUUUGUGGUUCCUGUCUGAUUGAAUACUGGAAACAUGGUUCUUGGCUAGGAGCGAUCAGCUGCCCACUCUGCAGACAGAAAGUUAUUCUUUUGUACAAUAUCUCUGGUGAAAAUCAGCCUGACAAGCAAACCAAACAAACAGUAUAUGAUAUAAGAGAUUACAACAAACGCUUCUCAGGACAACCUCGGCCUUUUACAGAUUAUCUUUAUGACAUGCCACUACUUCUCAAUUUUGCUGUAAGAGGAAUCUUCACGCUGGGUGGUCUUGUGUGGAUCUUCUUCCUCAGAGUUGUCCUCUGCUCUUUUGGAACCAUCCUGUGCUUAACUUCUCCAUUUGACGUGAUGCCAGAACCUCUUUGUGGAAUUCUGGGUGCAGUUGAUGAUCUAGUUGUUGUAUUUCUUCUUUUAAUUUGUAUGAUAAACAUUUCCUCACAAAUGGAAUCAGAAGGAGCGAACAUGGCAAGUUCUACCACACAAAAUGUUCUGUUGGAAGCAUAAUGGACUAAAUGGUUCUUCUUAACAGAAAGACUCACCAGACCACAAUGAUCUCUCCUGAUGUCUGGAAGAAAUGGUCUUAGCUUUGAAGAAUGCUAAAUGGUUGAUACAGUGUCUGGAGUUUAAAGAAGAACAUCAGAUGACAUGUUAGGUGGAAUAUAUGAACUUAAUUUCACUGAUGUACUAAUACCCAAUGCAUCUGCAAGUUUUAGAGAUGGCACUGCUGCCAUUCUAGUAAGACUGUGUCAUGUUUGUGGUAUUCAGAGGGACAUUUAGGAGGCAAAAUACGUAAAACUUCCCCAGCUGGUUCAGAAGUCAAGAGCACAACAGUGGAUAGAAAAAGAAAUCAGGCAUACAUUUAUGCUAUUAUAGCUUUUAUUACUGUAGUACCAUCAAAAUGACUUUCAUGUGUUUGACAUGUAAAAGAAAAAUGUGUUUGGGCAUCCAGCAGCUUAUUUUACUAACAUUAUUCAUAUUAUUAUGGUUAAAUAUAUAGAGAGACUGUGAUUUGGUUAUGUUCAAUACUUUCAGUAAGUAUAGGUUAGCAUCCAGCAUUACACAAAUAGACUUUCACUGUGCAAUGUUGUUUUACUUCACCUUCUUUUCCAUAUUGCCUUCAUUAUUCUCAGGGAGAUCCCACUAAUCCCCAUCUGCAGUUUUGGGGGAGGGCAUGGAAGGAAAGUAAUAUCUGUUCCUUUGUCAUUCCAUUGCCAAAUGGCAUCCCUUAUAAGUAACAUAUGAAAACCAAAACCUAGAAAUAGAAAAGGGAACAUUAUAUGGAUCAGAUAAAGAACAUGAGAACAAUAUUAUCUCAUUCUUUUGCACAUGAAGAUACUGAAGUCUUUAAAAAUCUGUUCUAUAUGCGAUGUUACAGUUUUGUGUGUGUGUGUGUGUGUGGGGGGGGGGCCGUCUUAGUUUCCAAGGGCACUUUAUAUAUUAUAUGCAAUUUAUAUACAUCCUUGAAAAUCACUUUAUCAACAGAACCACAUAUGAUAGAAGCAACUAAUAUCUUAAUUAAAACCAGACUGCAAUAUACAUACAAAGAAAAUUACAAUUAUUAGUAAAGGAAGAAAACUCUCAAUACACUGUAAAUGUAAACUCGUAUCUCUUUGUAUUAUAAAAUGACUGUUAUAGAAUUUGGUUUUUAUAUAGUGUCUGUGCCUAAAAUGAUGUACUUUACAUAUAAAUAUUUAUUAUUCACAG